GGUUUACGCGCUACUGGCGGGGCUUUACAACGUUUACUGUGCACUGUUGGCUAAAUAGGACGUUUACUUAUUUAUCUUGUAGCAGUAUUUUAUAAGACAGCACGAUCGGGUACGUAAAUGAUAGUGAUAGCAUUUGUGGCCGAGCCAAGAUGUGUAUCAGCGAAGAUGAAGUAAAAAUGUGUUGUUUGGAGGGUGAUUUAUGAUUUGUCAGUUGGUUGGUUUUGGAGUAGCUAUCAGCAGGAAGCUAAAGUGUUGCGCGCUGGCUAUCAGCUGUAAGUUAGCUAGAAGCGAACAGAGGGAGCGGAACAAAGAUGAGCGCUGCACGGGAGAUAAAACAGCUGCAGAAGGCAAAGACCAAAUCGCAGAACAGCAACAACUUAAGAGAAGAAGCUAACAUCUGCAAUCAGCUUGGAGAACUACUGUCAAGAAAUGGUGAUUAUGAAGCUGCCAUCAGUGAGCACCAGCAGGAGUUAUCGCUCUCUGAGGUGUUGAAUGAUGUGAUUGGACGAGCUGUGGCCAAUCGUAAGAUAGGAGAGUGCUACGCAGAGAUGGGGAACAUUGAGGCUGCUUUGAAACAUCAGCGCUGUCACCUGGACCUGGCUCGCUCAGUCAGAGAUCAUGCUGAGGAGCAAAGAGCAUUGGCCACUAUUGGUCGAACCUACCUCUUCCGUUAUGAAUCUGAUCAAUCAAGGAAAAGUUUAGAGCUAGCCGAGGACGCCUUCAGGAAAAGUCUGGCCAUUGUGGUUGACCGUCUACAAGGCAGUGUAUCAGGGCGAGAGAUGAGUGAGAUGAAGGCACGUCUCUUCCUCAAUCUUGGUCUGGUCUGUGAUCAUCUGGGGGAGCCAAAAAGAUGCAGCGAGUUCAUCCGACGCAGUGUCUUCAUCGCAGAGAAGGGUCAGCUGCUGGAGGAUUUGUACCGUGCAAACUUCAACCUGGGCAACAUCUACUUCCGUAACGGUCAAAAGUCUAACGCUGUGCGCUCUCUUGAGCAGGCCAAGGAGUGUGCGAGGAAGAUCAAAGACAAGUUCAGUGAGAGCGAGUGUUUUCACUGCAUUGGAAAGGUGCAGCUGUCUCUUGGGGAUUUCGUAGCAGCUAGACGAUCUCUGAAAAAAGCUCUUGUGCUGGGUUCCCAGCAGCCACUGGACAGGCAGGCUGUAAAAAAGGCUUUCAAAUAUGCUGAUCAAGGCUGUAAAUUGGAGGAAGAGUUUGGGGAUGAUCAGGGGAAAAAACUCAGCCCCCAUCAGGCUGUGGGGUUGGCCGAGCAGCUUGGAGACCUUUAUUGUAAAGUUGGCUGCUACAGCAAAGCUCUGGAUGCCUAUCAAGCUCAGCUAAAAAGUGCUGAGUCAUCAGGAAAGCCCGCCAGGGAGCUGGCUGUCAUCCACGUGUCCUUGGCUGCGACCUACACAGACCUGAGACAGCACAGUAAGGCUGUGGAGCAUUACAGACAGGAGCUUGCUUUAAGGCAGGGCAGCUCUACUGAGGAGUGUAGCACUUGGCUGAACAUCGCAGCAGCUCAGGAGGAGAGCAGUUCUGCCUUUGAAGAUAUAAACAGCAGCUACAGAACAGCUCUAAACUGCGCUAAGACGUCUGGCCAUGCCAGACUACAGAAACGCGUCCUGAGGCUCUGGCUGGCAUCCCAGCGACGAAGCGGUUCAUCUGAGGCUGACAACACAGAGGCAAGGCUGCAGGAGCUGUGUGCUACAGAGGGCUGGAGUCCAGAUGAUAGUGAUGGUGAGGAGGAUGAAGAGGAAGAAAUGGACAACAGUGAAUCUCUGGAGGACAGUGAUGUCGUUCUCUCAGACUCAGAUGAUGACAUGGAUGGUUAUGACAAGAUGGUGUCAGGAAGGAGGAAGGCAGGACGGUGGAACAAGAGGAAUGAGAAGGGCGAGACAUCGCUACACAGAGCUUCUAUAGAUGGAAACCUGAAGCAAGUCCAGUACCUGGUGGAACAGGGUCACCCUGUGAAUCCCAGAGACUACUGUGGCUGGACACCCCUUCACGAGGCCUGCAACCAUGGCCACUACGACGUUGUGGCCGUGUUGCUGGAGCGUGGAGCUAACAUCAACGAUCCUGGUGGUCCCUUGUGUGAGGGAAUGACCCCUCUUCAUGAUGCACUUGCUUGUGGUAAUCUACAAGUUGCGAGGCUCCUGGUGGAACGAGGGGCUUCUGUCACCUUACGCAAUUCUAAGGGCGACGCAGCCUUGGACUCCUUCCGUCAGUGGCAGAGGACGUACAGCAGAGACUUGGACCAGGACACCAAGCAGGAGUGUGUCAUCACAGAGAGACUGCUGAGGAACGCGCUCGCAGGGGAAGUCUCUGCUGCUCCUAAGGCCCCAGCCAAGCCUUUCGAUACCCUGCAGGACAGCCAGCUGUUUGAUGCUGAGAACUCAGAGCCGCUGUCAUCCUCUGGAGGGGGCUUUCCCCUCAGCCAAGACUGGCCCCAGACUAACAGGAAGCCUGAGUUUAAAGCUGCAUCUGUCAGCCCCAAACGGCGACAGAGCAAUGGAUCAACACAGAGACACAGAGCCAGAGGGACAGAGGCUAAUGUCCUGUAUGGGAAUAGCAGCAGCUCCUCAGACGAGUCAGACUAUGACCGCCCAGUCAGUCCUCUCCGCCCUGUCCGCCCCAGACAAAGCUUCCCAGCAGCCUCGAGUCAAAAAGAAGUUCCCCAAAACAAGGACGCCAAUUCCACCCCAAACCCGGGCAGGGAGAGUGUCAGGGGGGCUCCUGUGCCAUCCGUCUUUGCACGAGAGGACUACCACAGCGCCAUCAGAGGGUUAGGUAGCGCCAAAUCUCGUCUCCAGGGUCUGACACAGCCUCAGUUCUCCAGCACUACAGCUGUCUCAUCCAGCAGCAAAUCAGCCCUGGUUCCUGAGGAGGAGUAUUUGGCCGACGACUGGCUGGAGGACGAUUUGGAAGAAUUCCAGCCCAAGAAGAAGAGGAGGAUGCAAGAACAAAAUGGGAUGGGAGGAGAGGAUGUUGACGUGUCAUCCGCAGCAAGUGGCCACAACAGGCAGUUAAACUCUAACAAGUCCAACAGAGUGUCUGCAGUUCUUCCUUCCUCCAGCAGAGGUCUCUCUCUGAAAAAGAAUGGCUCUCUAAAGCCUCACCAGGUGAAAAUGACUCAGAUGCCAGGAAUGCUCAGGUUGGGUAGAAGAGAGGUGAGCAGGUCACACAGCCCCACACUGACAGAUGAUGACGACAGAGCUGAGACACCCCCGCCUCCACAGAUAUACAUUCAGCAUCAAGCACCAACUUUGUCUGCUUCCAUGCCCACAUCAAUGCCUCCGCCAAUCAGAAUGAGGGUCAGAGUUCAGGAAGAUGUUUUCCUCAUCCCAGUUCCUCAAAGUGAGGCAGACUCCUGCACAGUGUCCUGGCUGUGUGAUCAGGCUGCUCAGCGUUACUAUCAGAAGUGUGGCCUCCUGCCUCGCCUCUCACUGCAAAAAGAAGGUGCUCUGCUCUCCCCGCAGGAUCUACUGCUGGCCGUCCUGCACACCAACGAAGAGGUUCUGGCUGAAGUUUGUUCCUGGGAUCUUCCUCCUCUCCCUGAGCGCUACAAGAAAGCCUGUCAGAGCCUCGCAGUUGAUGAGAACAAGCGUGUCACCCUGUGUGAGGUGCAGGAUGGGUCCUCAUCAGUGUCUGUGUGUGGCCUCAGUUUGGCCCCCUCUUCCCUCAACCCACUCCUGCGUGCGCUGAAACUGCAGGCUAGCCUCACAGAGCUGCGCAUUUCUGGCAAUCGUCUACGUGACAACCUUCUCCCUGAGCUGGUUGCCACAGUGAUCACCAUGCCUCGGCUUCGGCUGCUAGACAUUUCUGCAAAUCAGAUCACGGGGGAGGGGCUGGAGAAGGCGGUGAACGCUCUGAAGGGACACAGCCAUCCUGCAUUCCCGUGUCUGGAGGAGCUUGACGUCAGUAUGAACCCACUGGGUGACGGCGUAUCUGAGUCACUGUCCUGUUUGCUGUCCUGCUGUCCUCUGCUAGCCAAACUGUCUCUGCAGGCUUGUGGCUUCACCGUUCGCCUCUUGCAGCAGCAUCGACUGCUGCUUGCAAGUGCGCUAACAGGAACAGGCCACCUGAAAUCAGUGUGUCUAUCCCACAAUGCACUGGGCUCCACUGGCUCUGAGCUGGUAUUAAAAACCCUGCCUCUCCACUGUCUGACACACCUGGACCUGUCUGCAGUCCGCAGAGGUCCUGCUGAUGUCCCACUGCUGGAGCACCUCACCAAAAUCCUUUCGCAGGAUGAGUGUUCACUAACCCACCUAAGUCUUGCUGCAAAUGGUUUGACGGACUGCAGUGUUGCCACUCUGGCCAGGUGCCUCCCUUCAUGUCCGUCUCUGGUGAGUCUGAACCUGUCAGGAAACCCGUCUGUAACAUCAACAGGACUCAACAACAUCCUAACCGCACUCAGAGAGGCUUGUCGAUCUUUGACCCUUCUUAACCUUCAAGGCUGUCAGGUGUUCGGCCCCUGGGAUAGUGAGGGUCUUGAUGGUUUGUCAGGGCUGGUCCAGGAUCUGCGGCUUUGCUCUCAAGGACUUAAUAAACUGGACCGACAGGCUUUGAAGCAGAGCUGGGAUGGCAGUCAGCCUCAUCAUGGAUGCUUUGUUGAUCGAAACAGCAAGUUUUUGAUCUCUGAGACAGCUUCUUCAUGAAGACAUGAAAAUGAACCAUCUUCAGAGACAAUGGCAGAGUCUUGAUACCUGAAACAGAUUCAUGAAUAAAUAAGAAUUUAAGUUGUGUCAUAGUUGAAUGUGACACUUGUUUUUAUGAAAAGAUGCUGUUUUCAGGUUUUGGUCAGUUGCAGUGAAAUAUGAGGCUUAAAUCAUUAAAAGAACCAACAGCAUUGGGGAAAAAGACACUCUGUAAAUAGAUUGUUUCAUGUGUUUAGUAUACCUUAUUUAUGUUUACCUUUGAAGUACAGUUUGUCAGCAGUGUGUUGGAUCCUUCCUGACAUAUUGUAUGAUCUGGUUCAGAAGAAAAAUUAAAGUGACUUAAUAUGCG